UUUUUAGAGCAACGGCACAGUCCAAAGUACACAUGAGCAAAUUUCGGUCAUAAAGAUACUGAAACACAAGAAAGCGCACAACGAACAACUUUCUAGGAAAAGCAAACUUUAAUAAGAAGGCUGAGAGGAACAAAAGUUGGUAUUUCAGACUCGAUAUGGAUUCUUCGUAAAUCAAGAAAAUUUCGAACAACCCUGAGCGUCCUCGAGAUGAGACGUUAAAACGUAACGUCUUCAGUCAGAGGCUUCUUUAUAAUCCAGACUGCAACAGGAGGUCCCUCCUGCCCAAAGCUGGCAGUCUCCACAAUAACUCGUUGUCUUUUGUGACCAAUAAGACAUUUUUGAAAUUGAAUUGAAUAAAAUUAAUGUCUACUUGAAGGAUUUUACUUGGGCAACUUAAAAUUCGCUACGAUAUUGUUGAUGAUUAUGAAGUGAACUGUAGAACAUCUUGACAUUGUAUCUAUUGAUUAAAUGUAUGUUAUUUAUGAUGCAUUUUUGCAAAAGAAGGAUCAAGUUCAAAUUUAAGAUGAGUGGGAAAUUUAGGAGGCAAGUGUGCUUUUAGAACAAGGCUAUGGAAAAUUACAUUUUCAUCUAGUAAACUGAACAAAGAAAGGAAAUUCCACUUCAUAUCUGAUUACUGGAGUGAUUUGCUCUCUACAGCACCACCUGCCUGACCUGAAAUGCAACAUGAACUUUGAUUAGACUAUUUCCGUUUCAGAGUUCAGGGGGAGUGACCUGGAUUGGGUCAUUUUUUUUACUGUCCAUGAACAAGCUCUCAGCUCAGUUUGGGGAAAAUGGCGGUUUUCCAUCUACUUUUGGGUUUGCUUGGCAAAGCCCUCAUCCUGCUGUGCGGUCUGCUCUUCGUCGCCUUUCUGGGUUACUGCCUGUACCUCAGGCACAUUCACAUGAAAUAUGACCACAUACCGGGGCCGCCGAGGAACAGCUUCUUCCUUGGCCACUCGCCAACCCUUUUGAGGAUUAUGAAAAAAGAUGGACUAGUUCAUGACAAGUUCCUGGAAUGGUCUGAGACUUACGGACAUGUUUACAGGUUAAAUUUUCUGCAUUACGUUACUGUGUGCGUGACCUGUCCAGAAGCAACAAAGGAAAUCCUGAUGUCCCCAAAGUACCCCAAGGAUAAAUUUGUCUACAAUAGGCUCUUUCACCUGUUUGGUCAAAGGUUUUUUGGCAAUGGGCUGAUAACAGCUCGGGAUCAUGACAUGUGGUACAAACAGCGCCGGAUCAUGGACCCUGCCUUCAGCAGCUUGUACUUGAGAGGCCUAAUGGGGACCUUCAACGAGAGAGCAGAGAAACUGAUGGAUAAGCUCUCAGAGUUAGCUGAUAGCAACAAAGAGGCCAGCAUGCUUCCACUUGUCAACUGCGUCACCCUCGAUGUUAUCGCUAAGGUCGCUUUUGGGAUGGAGUUAGACCUCCUGAAGAAUACUUCACCUUUCCCCAAGGCCAUCGAGAUUUGCCUAAAAGGGAUGGUGCACUACGUUAGAGACGUCAUGUACGAGUACAACCCCAGGAACAGAACGUUUGUUAACGAAGUGAGGGAUGCAUGUCGCCUGCUGCGUACAACCGGAGCUCAGCUGAUCCAAAAGAGAAAGAUCGCCAUGCAAAACGGGGAGGAUGUUCCGAAAGACAUCCUCACGCAGAUCAUCAAGACUGCAGCCACAGAGGAAACCAUGACAGAAGAAGAUGAGGAGUUCAUGUUGGACAAUUUUGUGACAUUUUUCAUUGCUGGUCAAGAAACAACAGCCAAUCAACUAGCGUUUUGCAUCAUGGAACUUGGAAGACAUCCUGACAUCCUCGAGAAAGCAAAGAAAGAAGUGGAUGAUGUCAUUGGGAUGAAACAAGAAAUAAGCAAUGAUGACCUCGGGAAGCUAAUCUAUCUCUCACAGGUGCUGAAAGAGACUCUGAGGAUCUACCCGACUGCUCCAGGAACGUCCCGUGACAUUGAGGAAGACAUGACUAUCGAUGGCGUCCACAUACCUGCCGGAGUCAACUGUAUGUUUAGCUCCUAUACUACUGGGAGAAUGGAGAAGUUCUUCAAGGACCCUAUGACAUUUGAUCCAGACAGAUUUCAUCCAGAUGCUCCAAAGCCCUAUUACUGCUACUAUCCCUUUGCUCUGGGUCCACGGUCAUGCCUGGGUUUGAACUUUGCUCAGAUGGAGGCUAAAGUGGUGAUGGCAAAGCUGCUCCAGAGGUUCGAUUUCAACCUCGUCGCAGGACAGACCUUUGACGUCCAGGACACUGGAACCCUGAGGCCAAAGAGUGGAGUGAUCUGCACCAUCAAACACAGGAAAUAUAAUAACUGAGCAAUGCUAAAGGUUUACAAUAGAAAUCACAGCAGUCAUGGGGUAAAAGAUGUUCAUGAUGAACUACAAAUUUCUUUGCAUAUUUAAAUUUGCUUGUGCAUGCAUUAUUCUGUCAGCUUGUUGUUGUUUUUUUGUCGAUUUAAAUACCUAGAAAAGUUUAUAUUGGGUGGAAUGUUUUCCGCGACAUGGUUAUCAGUUCACUGUAAUUUGACUUACUGACAACGUACACAUGGGGGCGCUGUUGGCUCUUUUAAAAAAACCACAAAAAAAAAACAAAAAAACAAACGGCUCAACAGCAUCUGUUAAACUCACACCGAAUUGAAGCUCCACUUCCGAACUGUUUAAAUGAGAUUUACCUCUUCAACAAAUUGCAUAGGAUGUAGUUGUAUAGCAGUGAUAACAUGUGAUUGUUUUGCUCAGUCCAGACUAAAACCUCAGACACUAUCACUUUCUCAUGUAUGUAAUGAAAAUGUUGUGGCUUGAUGUUCACAAAUGGAUGAAACCCAAUAUUCAAACAAUGUUUCACUCCUUUUCCUGAGACAGUGCAAUUUUUUAUUCAAUUUCAUGGUUAUAGUUAAUGUGAUUUUAUGUAUACUCAAAUUUGUAUCAUGUGACAAACAAACAUCCCCCACAUUUAUUUUGUAAUUUUUUAACAUGUAACUAAUUUUAGUGUUUCUUAAAAUGCUUUAAUUGAAACAAACAAACACUGAAUUUUUUUGUUGAUUUUUUUUUUUUUUUUUUUUUUGACAUCUUCCCUCUGAACUGGAUGUUAGACAUACAAAGUCUCUCCUUUUGCCUAUAUUUUCUUUGCUCUUUUCUGUGCAUCAGUCUUUGGUCAUAUUUGACUUUAUAUGUUUUGCUUUUGCUUUCUUGAAUGUGCAAUAAAUAAAUAUAUAAUUUU